AUGAAUCACUUAUCUCGAAUUUUCGCUUAUAGAAAGCAACCAACGGACAUGAACUCGAAGAAGAAGACUCCAAGGAAACAACAACCGAAGUUAGAACGCCGGAAUGCAGCGAAGAACUUCAACUACGACGCGCAGCCGUCGUCGCCGGAAUCCUCUACGUCGUCGUCGAUUCUCUAUACUCGAUCCAUGGAUUUCUACGAUCGGACUAGCUUUCGAGUUGAAGGAGUUGAUGGUGAGUUCGAUAUUAUUUGUCGGAGCCUCGGGCUUAACGGACCGGAGGAUUUCUCGAUUCCGGCGGCGGCUUGGGAAGCGAUGAAGGUUCGAUCGGCGUCUGAUGUUUUACCGAGGUUGAAUAUUUCGGAGUUCGAUGAAGCGAAGGUGGAGGAUGAAAUUGUAGUAGCAGAGAGUGAUGAUAGGGUUUCGGUUUUGGUUUCAGUUAGAGAUUCUCCUGCCGAGACUAGCGGUUGUUGCAAUAUAGGUGAUGGUGGUGGAAAAGAUAGGGUUCCGAGUAGGGGUUUUGAUGAGACGAGUGAUUGUUUGAAUACUGGCGGCGGUGGUAUUAAAGGAUGUAGACCUCCGAUGCUUAAGCCGCCACCAGGAGUUAGGGUUUCUGUUUUGGAUAACACGUGUUCCACGUGGGAUCUUCUGAGGGAUUUUGCUCCUGAAGGGGAAGUAAAAGGAAAAGAGAGAGAAGAAGAGGAAGAGAAGAAAGAUAGAGAAGAAGAAGAAGAAGGGGAAGUGGGUGGUGUGAUAUUGAAGAGAGACGAAGAGGAAAGUGCUGAGAUUAUUGGUGAGUUUUCGAGGUCUUGUUCCUUCACGACAUUCACUACUUCACAAGAGGAUGAUUCAUCUAGCACUACAACGGAGCCUAGGUCCAACAGUAUAUCUCCUAAUGUGAGAUUGAAACAUGUUAUCACUCCUGGUAGUUGGCAAAAGGGUGAGCUUUUGGGGCGCGGUUCAUUUGGAUCUGUAUAUGAAGGAAUUUCUGAAGAUGGAUUCUUUUUGCUGUAA